AUGCUACCCCAACAGUUCAAGAAGAAAUUUGCAGCCGGAGAAACAUUAUAUUUUAGAUCUGGUCCCGUGUUAGCUUGCGGCUUUAAAGAAAAGCAGUCACAAAAGAAGCCUAUCUUUAUAUUAUCCAGUCACGCAUGGGCACGAGAUGUAGAAGUAAUUAGAAAUGGAAAAGCUAAAUUGAAGCCAGAAAUAAUUCAAAAUCAUAACAAAUUCAUAAGCGGGGUCGAUAUAUCCGACAUGGUGUUAUGUAUAUGUUAUGAUAAAAGUAGGUCAAAGAAGUAUUGGAAAAAUUUAGCGUUCAACGUCAUAGCCAGGAUGACGUUGAAUAGCUACAUACUUUACAAAGAAAGUUUUGCGGGACCAGGGAAAGUGAAAUCUCAAGACGAGUAUCACGUGGCCGUAAUCGAGAGCUUGGCGGAGGAGUGGAUGGCCACCAAGUUGACUACAAACAACUCUCACGAACCAGAGGCUGGAGAAACUUUCAGGAAGAAAGAAAGCUCGUACCUGUGUGUGCAGCAGUAG